AUGCGCGAUGGUACAAUACUUAUACCAAUUAAGACGCCUGUACCAUCUCAGACAAGUAUGCCAAAUUAUAAUCCACCAGCAUCUACACCAACACCUACAUCGACAUCUCCACCAGCAUCUACACCAACACCUACAUCGAAAUCUCCACCAGCAUCUACACCAACACCUACAUCGACAUCUCCGCCAGCAUCUACACCAACAACAGCAUCUCCAACAGCAUCUCCACCAGCAUCUCCACCAACACAAACACCAGCAUCUCCACCAACACAAACACCAGCACCUACAUCAGGUAAACUAUCAGUAUCUACACUUUAA